CAGAAAUCAGCUGACAGGAAUGAAGAUUCCCCGGCGAAGGGUAAACAAUGUCCAGGAUACAACCUGCUAACCGAUCUCUGCUGAGCAGGUUCGAGAUACUCCUCUACUUCGGCGUUUACAUUGCCUACAUAGUGACUGGCCUGUACAAGAUAUAUGGACUGAGGGAUCGCAUUGCCGGGGAGUCCAAGUUCCAGUUCUCGGAGGGAUGGAGCCUGUAUCCAUUCUCGCAGCGUAGGCGAGAUGAUAGCAACGACGAGUUGGAGAACUUUGGAGACUUCAUCGUUAGGUUUUGGCCCUACUACGUCCUCCAUGCGCUCGUUCAAGGUUUAAUCUGCUGGAAGCGGCCACGACUUCAGAGCUACGGAUUUGCAGGAGUAUGUGCCCUUGCACUGGGCUUAAACCUAGACUGGUCAUCAGGACUCGUGGUGGCCACGCUGAUUGGUAGCUACUACUUGGUUGCCUUGAGUUCCUCCAAGAAACUGGUGUGGCUUGUUUCUGCCGGAUGGAUUGUCUGCAUAAAUCUGAUGCAGAAGAAUGCCUGGUGGACGGAUCGUGUGGGGUACUCGGAGUACGCCCUGGUGAUAGUCACCUUGUCCUGGAGCUUGCUUAGAGGCUGCAGUUUCGCCUUGACCAGGAUGCGAGCUAAAGAUGAGGAUUUGGAACGAUAUACCUUAAUUGAAUACCUCGGAUACGCUUUGUACUUUCCCUGCCUGACCUAUGGACCCAUCAUCAGCUACAGGAGAUUCGCAUCCAGGCGCGAGCAGCAACAGGACUGGCUGAGCUUUGCUGGCGGCAUACUCCGCAGUGCUAUUUGGUGGCUGGUCAUGCAGUGUGCCCUCCACUACUUCUACAUCCAUUACAUGUCGCGGGAUGUGCGCAUGGUGGAACUGAUGGACUCUGUGUUCUGGCAGCACUCGGCCGGAUAUUUCAUGGGCCAGUUUUUCUUCCUGUACUAUGUGGUCACCUACGGUUUGGGCAUAGCUUUCGCCCAGCAGGACGGGAUCCCAGCGCCAAAGCGACCGCGUUGCAUCGGAAGGAUUCACUUCUACUCCGACAUGUGGAAGUACUUUGACGAGGGCCUCUACGAGUUCCUAUUUCAGCACAUCUACUCGGAGAUGUGCGGGCGGGGAUCCUCGAUAGGCGCCAAGUUUGGAGCAACUGCCCUGACGUUUGCCUUUGUUUUCGUGUGGCACGGCUGUUACACGUAUGUGCUCAUAUGGAGUGUCUUGAAUUUCCUCUGCCUGGCGGCGGAGAAGCUCUUCAAGGCCCUGACUUCCCUGCCAGCCUAUCAGCGAUGGACCCUCCGCUAUUUAGGCCCAGUCGGGGCUCAACGCCUGUACGCCAUGAUGGCCACGCAGCUCUUCAUUCCAGCAGCAUUUUCCAAUGUGUACUUCAUCGGAGGCCAGGAAGUAGGAGACUUCCUAAUGCGAGGCGCUUACCUAAGUGGCGUAGGUAACUACAUGGCGCUCUGCUUCUGCAGCUACUGCUUCUUCCAAUGCUCCGAGCUCCUUAUGACCAAGUCGAAAGACAAAAACAACUUACCUCGCAGAAAGUCUGCUUAGAUAUUAAGUGAAAAGUGACUUAUUUUGUACCAUUUGUAUUACGAAAGUAUUUU